CAGUAAUCCACUUUCCACGGCGCUUCACCUUCUCUCUGUUCCGUCAUACAUCCCGCAGACAUGGACCCGGAGGUGCUCACGUCCACGGCGCUCGUGCUUCCCAUCCUCGCGCUCUAGCUGUGCGCUGCCGGCUCGUGGCACGUCCCGCUACUUACCAGAAAGAGACUGUUUUUUGUGAUUUUUUUUUACAAUUUUUAUUUUGAGACAGCACUGUGUAGCAGAGAGAGGGGACAGCGGGAGACUGAGGCGACCACACAGUCGUAACAGCAAAGGCCGUUUCAGGAUAUCGGGCAACUGAGAGCGGCUUUUUUUGUGUGUCCUCCAUCAUGGCGAGUGACUCUCCAGCUCGGAGUCUGGACGAAAUCGACCUGUCCGCUUUGAGGGAUCCUGCUGGCAUCUUUGAGCUGGUUGAGCUGGUGGGAAAUGGCACCUAUGGGCAGGUGUACAAGGGUCGCCAUGUUAAGACGGGGCAGCUUGCAGCCAUCAAGGUCAUGGAUGUCACCGGGGAUGAGGAAGAGGAGAUUAAGGCGGAAAUUAACAUGCUGAAGAAGUACAGCCACCAUCGAAACAUCGCCACCUACUACGGAGCUUUCGUCAAGAAAAACCCCCCUGGCAUAGACGACCAGCUAUGGCUGGUCAUGGAGUUCUGUGGAGCCGGCUCAGUGACAGACUUGAUCAAGAACACCAAGGGCAACUCUCUGAAAGAGGAGUGGACCGCCUACAUCUGCCGAGAGAUUCUCAGGGGUCUGACUCAUCUCCAUCAGCACAAGGUCAUCCACAGAGACAUCAAGGGACAGAACGUCCUGCUGACUGAGAAUGCAGAGGUCAAACUAGUGGACUUCGGAGUGUCAGCACAGUUGGACAGAACCGUAGGAAGGAGGAACACAUUUAUCGGGACGCCAUAUUGGAUGGCACCAGAGGUUAUCGCCUGUGACGAGAACCCUGACGCCACAUACGACUUCAAGAGUGAUUUAUGGUCACUGGGAAUUACAGCGAUAGAGAUGGCUGAAGGAGCACCACCGCUGUGUGACAUGCACCCAAUGAGAGCCCUCUUCCUCAUCCCACGCAACCCCGCCCCCAGACUCAAGUCAAAGAAGUGGUCGAAGAAGUUCCAGUCGUUCAUAGAGAGCUGUCUGGUGAAGAGCCAUGGCCAGAGACCCAGCACAGAGCAGCUCCUCAAACACCCGUUCAUCAGAGACCUGCCCAACGAGAGGCAGAUCCGCAUCCAGCUGAAGGACCACAUCGACCGCACCAAGAAGAAGAGAGGAGAGAGGGAUGAGACAGAAUAUGAGUACAGUGGUAGUGAAGAGGAGGACGAAGAAAGAGACAUGGGUGAACCGAGCUCCAUAAUCAACGUGCCCGGGGAGUCGACCCUGAGGCGGGACUUCCUGCGCCUCCAGCUGGCCAAUAAGGAGCGAUCCGAAGCACAGCGGCGGCAGCAGCUGGAGCAACAGCAGAAUGAGGAGCACAAGCGCUUACUGUUGGCUGAGAGACAGAAACGCAUCGAGGAGCAGAAGGAGCAGAGGAGGCGGCUGGAGGAGCAGCAGCAGCGAGAGCGUGAGCUGAGGAAACAGCAUGAGAGGGAACAGAGGAGGCGCUACGAGGAAAUGGAGCAGCUCCGCAGAGAGGAGGAGAGGAGGCAUGCAGAAAGAGAACAGGAGUAUAUCCGUAGACAGCUGGAAGAGGAACAGAGGCAGUUAGAGAUUCUCCAGCAGCAGCUACUACAGGAACAGGCAUUAUUGAUGGAGUACAAACGUAAGCAGAUAGAGGAGCAGCGGCAGGCAGAGCGGCUACAGAGGCAGCUCCAGCAGGAGAGAGCCUACCUGGUGUCUCUACAGCAGCAGCAGCAACAACAGCAGCAGCAGCAGCAGCAGGAGGGAAGACAAGCAGAGAAGAAACCGCUUUACCACUACAAAGAUAUCAUCAAUCCUAAUGACAAGCCUGCCUGGGCCAAAGAGGUGGAGGAGCGAUCUAAGCUGAACAGACAGAGCUCCCCAGCGCUGCAGCACAAAGUGUCCAACCGCAUCUCCGACCCCUCCCUCCCUCCCCGCUCCGAGUCCUUCAGCAGCGGGGGCAUGCAGCCCGCCCGCACCCCACCCAUCCACCGCUCCAUUGAACCACAGAUGGCACACCUGGUUCCAGUGAAGACCCACUCUGGCUCCAUGUCCGGCUCUCAGUCUCUGCAGGACCAGACGGGCUCAGCUCUGAGUGAGGGUGUCAGCGUGGGCUCCCCCAGACCCGAGAUGCCCCGCCAGAACUCGGACCCCACUUCUGACACCCCGGGAGCCCCGCUGCGCAUCACAGGCAGGGAGGAACGGGAACGGGACAGAGACCGGGAUCGGGACAGAACUGCGUGGCUGAGAGAGGAGGACAUCCCACCCAAGGUCCCCCAGAGGACCACUUCCAUCUCCCCAGCCUUGGUCAGGAAGAACUCCCCUAAUGGAGGAGUGGGUCUGGGCCCUCGCACAGGAUCUCGGGCCAGUAACCCUGACCUGCGGCGCUCAGAGCUCUCUCUGGACGCCAUGCUGCAGAGAACUUCCUCCAACUCAUCAUCCUCCUCCUCCCCUUCAUCUCAGGGAGGCUCAGCUGAGAGGAGAGGUCAAGCCAAGCAGGAAGGAUCCCCUCCAGGAGCCAAUCAGGAGGCAAAGCCCAAACAGGAGGAGGGCCGUGAAUCAGCCAGACCCAGCAGACCUGCAGACCUAAGUGCAUUGGCUAAGGAGCUCAGAGAGCUGAGGGUGGAGGAGGGCAGCAGACCUCCAGUCAAGGUGACCGACUACUCGUCCUCUAGUGAAGAUUCAGAGAGCAGCGAUGAGGAUGGGGAGACAGUGGGGCAUGAUGGGACUGUUGCUGUUAGCGACAUUCCUCGCAUCAUGCCAGCAGUGCAGAGCAGCAGUGAGUCGUAUGGAGGGCUGACAGAGGACUCUCUGGGAGAUGCCUAUAAUAGCUCCAAGGACGGGACUCUGGUGAUGAGAGAGGCAGAGGAGAGGAGGAGAGGUGGCCACACUGAGAGUAAUGGGUUCGGGAAUCACAGUAACCAUGGGAACCUCCCUGACCUGGUGCAGCAGAGCAACUCUCCAUCAGCCACGCCCACCUCAGCCCUGCAGGAACUGGGCGACAUGGCUGAGUUUGGUCUGGGUGGGUCCAAAGCAUCCUUCACCCCAUUUGUUGAUCCACGUGUCUAUCAAACCUCCCCGAGUGAAAACGACGAUGACACCUCAGCAGAAGCAAUGUUUGCUAACGAGCUGCUGAGGCAGGAGCAGGCCAGACUGAGCGAAGCCAGAAAGAUCUCUGUGGUCAACGUCAACCCGACCAACAUCAGACCCCACAGUGACACACCAGAGAUCCGCAAAUACAAGAAACGCUUCAACUCUGAGAUCCUGUGUGCUGCUCUCUGGGGUGUGAACCUGCUGGUGGGGACAGAGAAUGGUCUGAUGCUGCUUGACCGAAGCGGGCAGGGAAAAGUCUAUAACCUGAUCACCAGGCGCCGCUUCCUACAGAUGGAUGUGUUGGAGGGGCUCAAUGUGCUGGUCACCAUUUCUGGGAAAAAGAAUAAGUUACGUGUCUACUACUUGUCCUGGUUGAGGAACAGAAUAUUACACAACGACCCAGAAGUAGAGAAGAAGCAGGGUUGGAUUACAGUUGGAGAGCUGGAGGGCUGCGUGCAUUAUAAAGUUGUAAAAUAUGAGAGGAUUAAGUUCCUGGUGAUUGCUCUGAAGAACUCUGUGGAAAUCUAUGCCUGGGCUCCCAAACCCUACCACAAGUUCAUGGCCUUUAAGUCAUUUACUGAGCUGCAGCACCGUCCCCAGCUGGUUGACCUGACGGUGGAGGAAGGUCAGAGGUUAAAGGUCAUCUAUGGCUCCAGUGUGGGCUUCCAUGUAAUUGACGUGGACUCGGGCAACCCUUACGACAUCUACAUCCCCUCCCAUAUCCAGAGCCAGGUGACGCCUCAUGCCAUCGUGGUGCUCCCUAAGACUGAUGGAAUGGAGAUGCUGCUGUGUUACGAGGACGAGGGCGUCUACGUCAACACCUACGGGCGAAUCACCAAGGACGUGGUGCUACAGUGGGGAGAGAUGCCUACCUCUGUUGCCUAUAUCCACUCUAAUCAGAUUAUGGGCUGGGGUGAGAAAGCCAUAGAGAUCCGCUCUGUGGAGACAGGACAUCUGGACGGAGUCUUUAUGCACAAGAGAGCCCAGAGACUCAAAUUCCUUUGUGAGCGGAAUGACAAGGUAUUCUUUGCAUCGGUGCGUUCGGGAGGUAGCAGCCAAGUUUUCUUCAUGACCCUCAACAGAAACUCUAUGAUGAACUGGUGAUGGCUCUUCCCACUGUCCACUCUGCCUCACUCUCCCAUUGGCCUGCCCACCUUUGGUGACCCACCUUGGCCCACGGCACAUCUCACAAAUGAACCAGAUUGACCGAGAGGCCACAAGUGAACUCUUUUAACACUGAAGAGACUAAAAUACCACGUAGAAAAAAGUUAUUGUAGAGAAAAACAACAAAGACCUGUUCUAAAUGAAGAGACAUGUUACCCAAGAUUAUGUGGGGUCAUGCAGAAGCCAUCGUUACUCGACUGACUGGCAAACUGGUGCCACUGACUUUCCAAAUAUUCUCUUCCUCUGUCUGUCCUUAACUGUUCUCCCUUUUUGUCUGUCUCUUCUCGCCAAACGGACCAGUGCAUUCAAAUGUUCAACAGCUGUAGAAAUACACUCAACACCCACCUUUGUCUUCCCUUUUUACCCCCGGUCUUAAUCCUCCUUCCUGGUAGAUCUAGUCACCUUUUUUCAAUCCUUUGACACCCAUGUCCUCCAUUUUCCCCACCUCCUAUCUGCCAUGUGUGGGCUCAUCCUUACACCUCAGAAGUCAGGAGGAAAAAGAUGAAUAAGAUUUAAUAUAAAUUCAAAUAUCUACUUGUGAAUAUGACAGUGCAGUGAGGGCAGCUGAGGGAUGACAAAUCUACUCUGGAUGUCAGCGGUGAAAGCAGACAGCCUGAUUGAUUUUCUUUCGCCUCUACCCCUCCUCCUCCUCCUCCUCCUCCUCCUCCACUUCCUCCUGUCGCCAUCUUUUUGGGCCUUGAGCAAACUGAAUUGUGAUUUAAUGUUCGAUCGCAUUUCGCUGAUAGAGAUGCGGUGAGACAAUCUGCCAUCACGGGGCGGGUUGUCACAGUAUGCAAAGAUGAUGUCUGUGUCCCUUUAAAAUGAAAUCACUGGUCCAUCAUCAUUUCUCUCUUUCCCUCCUCCUGUCAUCAUCACUCUCAUCUCUCUAUUUCCACUCUUUAAACUCUGAAGGUGCUGCAUCAGAUAUACUGUAAUAUUAAAUGAACAAUGAGAGCAUCAUUCUGUUCAUUCUUUUUAUUUCUGUUCUUUUCUUUUUUUCUGUGGCUGAGUCAGUCAGUCUUUGACGUGUGAUGAAAUGUACAGCACAUCUGUGUUUCUGAAAUCAGGAGUGUGUGUAAAUGUGUGUGAGUGUGUGUGUGUGUAAGUGUGUGAAUUUGACUUGAUGUUGAGGCCCAUUCAAAUCAAGUUUGAAUCAUAGUGGGACACAGAGUCAAGAAAUUCACUUUCUGUGUGUGAACUUUUACCUGGAAGCAACAUUGAGUGUGUUUACAUGCAGAUUUAUGAUAUUAUCUUCUUAUUAUGAAGUUUAUGAGUUGGUGUGUCUGAACAACAAGCAUUUAAAGAUAGGCAAUAUAAGUGGUUUCCUUUUUUCUGUUUCCUUUAACACAAUUGUGUUUUGGCUAUUCACAAAUACAGCCAUGCUGCUGUAAGGAAUAUGAUGAUGCUUAUCCUGAUUACAACCUCAACAGGAUAUGAGCUGCAAUCUCAAACUGUGUGCAUGUGAAAUCACUCAUUGUUGAACGCUGCGGUGUCCUUUUUAAAUCAUGCUCCUUCCUGAUUGGUUCUUCUAAUUUUGGCUCCUAACUGUUUGUACAGUGCCUAGCAUGAUGUAAGCAAAACAAAAAUGGAGGCCAAAAGAUUAUUGCUCAUGUUAUAAAUAAUUGUAUUGCCUUUACGGUCAAUUUACACUGGGUUUUUAUGUGUUAUUGUCUAACUUUAACACAUUGCAGAAGUUAUUUGUCUCUUCUAACAGAGAUAUAUGUUAACAAAUUUAAAGGGAUAGUGCAGAUUUUUUAAAGUGUGUUCAUAUUAAGUACCUAUCCAUAGUCUGUGUAUUACCUUCAGUAGAUGGCAGUCGGCUUUCCCAUUUUGGAGAAUUAUACAGGAGUACCAACACAGAAGCUAAGCAAUGUACUGCUGUGGACAGGGGCAGCAGCUGAAUGUGUCUUAGCCACAUGAAAAUACAGUGUAUGCUAUAUUUAGAAUAUUUUAACAGUUCUCUAUGCUUUUGUCAAGUCACCAGACUCCAUUCACAAAAACUGUAAUUUCACCUUGCAGAAGACAGGAGUUGCUGGUCUACCACUGCCUUGAUAUGUUAGUUUGUUUGUGUUAUUGUGUGAUUUUGGUGAACUCAAACUAACCCUUUAAAACACGCAAGUCACACAAUAAAACAAACAAACUUAAUGAUCGAGGCAGCAGUAAACGAGCAACUCCAACGUAAAAUUACUGUUUUUUCCAAUGGAGUCUGGUGACUUUAAGAGCAUAUUGUACAUAAGUUGCACAGAGCUAUGGUAAAGGGGUGAAAAUAUUCUAAAUAAAGCAUACACUGAAACUGAUAUUUAUUUUCUAUUUGUUUUUGGUGGUUAAAAUACAUUUUGCUGCUUCAAUACCUGUCUUCCUGCUUCUCCAAACUGCGAGGCGAGCCAACCUCCAUCUACUGUAGGCAAUACGCUGACUAUGGAUAAGUACCUCAUACAACCCCACCUCAAUAAAUCUGAAUGAUCCCUUUAAGAGUUGAUUUUUCUUUGAAAGGAGUAACUGAAUAUAAAACCAUGCUAUUUCUUUUUAAAUACUUACAGCUCAAUCAUUAAUACAUACUGUAUUAAAUUUAUAACACUAUUGAGGGUGGACUAGUUCAUGCAUACUCAUCCACAUUGGAGAGCACUGUAAUGCAGAUUAGUCCUUUUUUUCUGGUGGAUAUAUUGCAAGUUUGGCCUGCCAUGUUGGCCUGUGCUUAACAAAUGUAAGGUGACACAAAACUCAUUUGCCAAUGAUGUAACGAUUAUUUGAUCAGUUUUUUUCCUGGUAAAAUAUUUUUAAAAAUCAGUUAUAUUUUCAAGGAAUUUUUACACAUCCUCACAGUAGCUGUUCCUGUGUAAGUUAGGUUCACCGAUCUCUGAGGCUUACAUUUUAGCAAUAAAGAGCCGAGCUGAACAAAACCACUGUCUUCCCUUUGUGUGCACGCAUGCAUCUGUGUGUAUGAUUAAUGAGCAGUGCGAGUGGGGCAUUAUUACUACGUUUGUCCAUCACGGAAUUCACUCUUCCCAUUGGAAAAGGCUGGCAGUCAUUACACUGAGGACUCUCCUUUCAAAGACGAAACCACUGUAUUCUUAAUUCUGUUUAUUUCUUGUUUUCUUUAUUUUGAAAGAGCAUUACUAAUGUCCUGUUUUGGGAUUUUUUUGUUUUGUAAAAGAGAUGAUGUAAGAGAGAAAUAAAUGAAACUAGAGCAUUA